GCGGAGGAGCCCCGCGCGAGGGGGGGCGCUCCUCGCGCGGGCCGCGCGGGGCAGGAUAAUUCCCUGCAGGGCCCCGCCCUCGCUGCCGCGAGCUCGGCGCCCAGCAGCCCGCAGAGGUCCGCCCCGGCGGAGCUGGCUGGCGAGGCCUCCGCAUUCCUGAGGACUUUCAGGAGGAAGUCUUCGACCGAAGGGCUGCAGGCGGUGGCCGGCCCGUGGUCCCAGGCGGCGACGCAGAGCUCCGCGGGGGGCGCGGCGCCCUCGGCCGCCCUGGCGCGCUCCGUGCAGCUGCUGCACGCGCUCCGCCGGGCCGUGCGCCGCGUGGCGUCCGACGGAGAGGGCGGCGACGAGGCGGACACGGAGGAGGGCACCCUGCUGCAGAGCACGCUCCUGAACCUCGGGGACUCCUCCGGGCAGCUGCGGCAGCUGGAGGAGUACAUGGUCAGGCACGUGGGCCUCGCCGCCGAGGCAGGGGGCCUGAAGCACGCCUCGACGGCCCUGAUGUGGAGGAUGUUGGAGAUCACCAGGCGGAAGCGGCAGCUCCUGCAGGCCGUGGAGGCCCGCACCGAGGCGCUGGAGGCGGAGGCCGCCCGAGGCCCCGAGAUGCUGCGCGAGGUGGUGGCCGGGAGCCUCGAGAGGCCGCCGGAGCUGAUGAAGCUCGAGGUCAACGCCCGACCAUCGCAUCGGUCACGCACCGCGGGAAUCUGGCCACCGCGAGCAGAGCCGACUUCGGCCAGUUCGCCUCCACCUUCAGGCUGCCGCCGGAUCACGAGGCGCUCGAGCGCCUGCGGAGGCUGCGCGGCGAGGGGGCGCUGUGGUGGGUGAGGGCCUGCUUGCAAGAGGCGGAGAAGGGCACGGCGGGCUUCGUGGCGCUGAAGGCCAUGCUCGACGUCGCCGUGAGGUCGGG